ACUUGUGCGCUGGCGUUUGACGUUUCACAUCCGACCAACGUUUAUUAUUCUUGUUUUCUUUUUUUUCCUCUCUCUCGCGAGCUUAAGUUUUCCUGUCGACGAUAGGACGGACGGAAACUUUCUUUUCCCUCCCGUCCCCGUUGCCUUCUUGGUAGUUUCGAAACGGGGCACAAUGUUUCCCGAGAUCGUGGACACGCACCGUUCCCGCAGCGCCCGAUCCACGUCGAUAUAAUAGUGCCCCCGGAUAUAAUAGUCUCCUGAAAGAACGAAAGAACGAGAGGCCUCUGUGUGUGUGCGCGCGAUUCGUUCGUUUCCUGCCAGCGCAACGCAAUUUUGGGCCCCCAAAGAAGGGGAAAAAGGGAAGAAAGUGUGGCAACAGGAUGAGCUUCAGCAUCGGCGGAACGGGCACCAGCUGCCUGGCGGCGCUCGGCGAGAUGGAACAGAUCAUCUGCCAGCUCGAGCGGGGCACCCUGAUCCAGAAGUUUUACCCCCGCAAACGGCCGGAAAAGAAAACGCUUAUGCUGCGCCGCGAAACGCGACAGAUCAUCUGGUCCUCGGUGCAGACGAACGGGCGCAGCAACUACGAGGGGUCGUUGGAGCUGCGCGAGGUGAAGGAGGUGCGGCCCGGCAAAAAGUCGAAAGACUUUGAGAAGUGGCCGGAAGAGGCCAAGAAGAGCGAACCGCGCAAAUGUUUCGUCAUCCUGCACGGGAAUGAUUUUAAGCUGCGCACCGUUUCGAUCGUGGCAUUCUCCGAAAAGGAAGCGGACAUGUGGCUGAAAGGACUGAAGUAUCUGAUCUCGGACACGGUGAGCGCCCCGUACUGGCUGCAGAUAGAGCGCUGGCUGCGGCGCGAAUUCUACCUGAUGGAGGCGAACGGCACGGCCAGCCUGAAGGACGUGCGGUCCUUUCUGCCGAAGAUUAACUGCAAAAUAUCCACCGCCAAGCUGAACGAAGUCUUCCACGAGGUGGACACGCGGCGCCGCAACGAGCUCGGGUUCGACGACUUUACCCGCCUGUACCAGCGGCUGAUACUGCCGCCGGCCUCGCUGCCGGAGUACUUUGACGGCCUGCGGAUGGCCACGUACAGCCAGAACGGGGAGACGGUGACGCUGCAAGAGUUUCGCCGCUUUCUCACCAAAGAGCAGCAGGAGGACGAGGGAAGUCCCGGUGGUGGGCACAGUGAGGAAACGGUGGCGAAGUUCAUCAACGACUACAUCCAGGAUCCGGCACGCGACGUGAGCGAACCGUACCUUCGGCUGCAUGAGUUUAUUGACUUUCUGUUUUCCCGCCAAAACGAAAUCUGGGACAAGCGGUGCGACACGGUGUACCAGGACAUGAGCCGCCCGCUCGCCCACUACUGGAUCUCGUCGUCGCACAACACCUACCUAACCGGGGACCAGUUUUCCAGCGAAUCGUCGGUCGAAGCGUACGCCCGGGCGCUGCGCAUGGGGUGCCGCUGCAUCGAGCUGGACUGCUGGGACGGGCCGGACAAUAUGCCGCUCAUCUUCCACGGCCACACGUUCACGACGCGCAUCAAGUUUAUGGACGUGAUACGCACGAUCAAGGAGCACGCGUUCAUCACGUCCGAGUACCCGCUGAUACUGUCGAUCGAGCAGAACUGCUCGCUGACGCAGCAGCGCCGGAUGGCGCAAGCGAUGCUGGAAGUGUUCGGGGAGAUGCUGCUGACGCAACCGAUCGACAAGGCGGAGGCGCAGCUACCGUCGCCACAGCAGCUGAAGCGCAAGAUUAUACUGAAGCACAAGAAGCUGCCGGAGAACGGGAUGCUGGUGGUGGACGAGGCGGGCAAGGAGUCGGCCGUACUGAUGCGCGGCAACGAUGAGAGCGAGCUGGACAUACGGAACACGGUGAAGAACGGGAUCCUCUACCUGGAGGACCCGGUGGACAAGGGCUGGAAUGCGCACUUUUUCGUGCUGACGCAGCACAAGCUCUUCUACACGGACAGUCAGCGCCCCGAUCGUGACGCGGAUGGACGGGAUGAUGAGCGCGAAGAGAACGGAUUCGCCACCAGCCGACAGUCCCGGGACGGGGCAGUGCUGUCGAACGAUGAGCUACACUUUGGCGAGAAUUGGUUCCACGGCAAGCUGUCGGGGGGACGCGAGGAGGCGGAAAAGUUGCUGCAACAGUUUUCCCACCUCGGCGAUGGGACGUUUCUCGUGCGCGAAAGCGUCACCUUCGUGGGGGACUACUGUCUGUCGUUCUGGCGCCAGGGCAAACCGAACCACUGUCGCAUCAAGCUCAAGCAGGACAAGGGCGUGACGAAGUACUACCUGAUGGAGAACGUGCUGUUCGAAAGUCUGUACAGCUUGAUCAUGUACUACCGGCAGAAUGCGUUGCGAAGUGCGGAAUUUUACAUCACACUAAAGGAACCGGUCCCCCAGCCGAACAAGCACGAGACGAAGGAAUGGUACCACCAGACGACCACGCGCGAACAGUCGGAAAUCGUGCUCAACCAGAUACCGCAGGAUGGCGCCUUUCUGGUGCGACCGAGUGAAAAGGGACCGAAAGCAUUCGUUAUAUCGUUUCGCGCGCACGGUAAGUUUAAACACUGCCGGAUCCGGGUGGAAGGCCGCCUGUACGAGAUGGGCGGGAUGGAGUUUGAAAGUUUGGUCGAUCUGGUCAACUUCUACUCGAAGCACCCACUGUACCGGAAGGUGACGCUCACGUACCCGAUACCGCGCGAGAUGAUACGCCGCAUCAACACGAUGGACGUUCCGGAGGAAAGUGGCGGCUACGGGUAUAUGGAUCCGGCCACGGUUACCAACGAAAACGUGACGGUAAAGGCGCUGUACGACUACAAGGCGCAGCGGGACGACGAGCUGUCGUUCUGCAAGCACGCCAUCAUCACGAACGUGGUGAAGCGGGGCAACGACUGGUGGCUGGGCGAUUACGGUGGCAAGCGGCAGCACUACUUCCCCGCCAACUACGUGCAGGAGCUGAGCGCAAUGGACGACGGGACGCUGGUGGAGGAGGGCGCCAACGAGCCGCUGAUGCUGGGCAGCCUGCAGAAGGGCUCGCUGGACGUGCAUGGGGCGGUGGUGGAGAUGGCGUACAGCAACCAUCCGGACAUUGAGCGCAUCCUGCGCAUCCAAAACCCCACGAUGCAGAACGUGUUCGAGGUGGGCGUGCAGACGAAAGAGCUGGCGUACGAGUGGAUGUGCGCGAUCAAGGAGGCGGCGCAGAACGCGAGCGCGAUGGAGAACGAGCGGCGCAAGAUGGAGCGUAACUCGCGCGUCGCCAAGGAGAUGUCCGAUCUGAUCAUCUACUGCCGCAGCGUGCCGUUCAAGCAUCAUCCGGCGGCGUGGGUGUUUUACGAAAUGUCCAGCUUCCCGGAGACGAAGGCGGAAAAGUACUUUCUGCAGGCGGAAACGCGCGCCCUGUUUGUGCGGUACCACCGGAACCAUCUGAGCCGGGUGUACCCGAAGGGGCAGCGGCUCGACUCGUCCAACUACCAUCCGACGGCACUGUGGAACUGUGGGUCGCAGAUGAUUGCGCUCAACUUCCAGACGCCGGACAAACCGAUGCAGCUGAAUCAGGCCAAGUUUCGGGACAAUGGCGGUUGCGGGUAUUUGCUGAAGCCGGAGUUUAUGUUUCGCGAUGAGUUCGAUCCGACCGAUCCGAACACGCUGGUCGGGGUGGGCGAGGUGAUCGUGAACGUGCGCAUCAUUGGCGGGCGCAAUCUGUGCAAGGUGAGCCGCAACAUUACCAGCCCGCUGGUGGAGGUGGAAGUGCUGGGCGCAUCGUUCGACGGUGGCAUCAAGCAUCGUACCAGAGCGAUAGCGGACAACGGGCUGAACCCGAUCUGGAACGAAAUCUGCGAGUUUCGGAUAGCGAAUCCACACUUUGCGAUGAUACGGUUCGAGGUGCAGGACGAGGACAUGUUCGGCGAGCCGAACUUUAUUGGCCAGGCCGUCUUUCCGCUCGGCUCGAUCCGCACCGGCUACCGGAGCGUGGUGCUGCGCAACAAGUACAGCGAGGAGCUCGAGCUGGCCACACUGCUGGUGCACACCAGCAUCCGGCCACUGCAGACGGAGUGACGCCCGCCCGGGGUGCACGGUUACGGGUUGUCACUCUCUCGCUCUCUCUCGCUCUCUCUCUCCCUAUCGUUUCUUUCACUGAUGUUUUGGUUUCCGCUGUGUCUUACCCGCAAUGUGGCUUAUCGAUCGUGGAGUCUAGAGAACGAAUGCUAAUCUAGCGUUUGAACAGUAUUUGAAACGAAAGCAUGUUACGUCUGUGUGUGUGUGUGUGUGUGUGUGGAUGUUUUUUUUGUGUACAACAAUGGCGCGAAACGCGCAACAAUCGAAUGUGCCUCUACCAUUAUACUACAUUGUAUAGAUAUAGAUAUAUAUAUAUAUAUACACAUAUAUUGCAAAAGCAAAAGCGUAAAAAAGAUUUAUAAUCAGUUAAGCGAUCAUUAAAUGGUGUCUAAGGGUUUGUUACACAGAAUCGCACACAGGAAACAGGGGAAAAACACGGGUAGCAGCACCACAAUGCGCACACAAAUCGGGUACAAUGGGAGCAUUUGCUACACAGCAUCGUUGUGUAAGAUUCUUGCCCCCCGGGGAGGCAAGGAUCCAAGGGUUAAAAUGAUCAUCAUCAUCAUCAUCCCCUGCUAUAUACUUUUAUGUAUCCCGCACCAUCGGUUUGGUCGGUGUAGGAUGGAAACCAGUGAGCUUAUUGAACAAAAAUGGAACAAAAAGAAGAAGAAGAAGAAGACGUUAACUGAAGCAUUCAAUAGGAAAAGCCAUAAAUGUGUUACAUUAUGUACAAGUGAUGAAAGCAAUAAAGUGUGUGUAUGUGAUCGGUUUUGAUUCGAUGCGCAACAA